GUUCCACUUCUUAAAUCCCACCAACUUUACUUCUUACACGAUGUUUCACUUACAUAGCUAGCUAUUCGUUUUGUUCUCGCCGGUAACUCUCGCCGGAAAAAAUGGCUUCUAAUUUUCUCCGGCUAAGAAAACCAUACUACGUUGAAUCAACAAUCAACUGUUCAUCUUCUUCCGAUCAAAAGCUUGUAAAUUUGAGCUUUGGAAUCGACGAAACAAGGAACCAAACAAAGAAGAGACAAGCUAAGGAACAUCAUGGGAGAAGAUCAUGUUUGGAUUCAUGUUGUUGGGUGACUGGUUACCUCUGCACCACUUGGUGGUUGCUUUUGUUUUUGUACCACUGUUGCUUGCCGUUCACAGUGGUUCAUGAGGUGCCGGAACUAAUGCCGGCGGUGAGGCUUAAACGUGAAGGGUUGACGGGAAUUCACCCGGUGGUUUUAGUACCGGGGAUUGUCACAGGUGGGCUUGAGUUGUGGGAAGGUAAGCCUUGUGCUGAUGGUUUGUUUCGUAAACGACUUUGGGGUGGUGGUGGCUUUACUCAAUUACUGAAGAGGCCAUUGUGUUGGUUAGAGCACUUGUCUUUGCACAACGAAACCGGCCUCGACCCACCGGGAAUACGGGUUCGUCCUGUUCCAGGACUGUUUGGAGCGGACUAUUCAGCUCCGGGAUACUUUGUGUGGGACGUUCUCGUUAAAAAUUUGGCGAAAAUCGGCUAUGAGGGGAAGAAUUUGCAUAUGGCUGCUUAUGAUUGGAGACUCUCUUUCCAGAAUACAGAGGUUCGGGACCGUGCUCUUAGUAGGCUAAAGAGUAAAAUUGAGUUAAUGUAUCGAGCCAACGGCAAUAAAAAAGUGGUAGUUGUGCCUCAUUCCAUGGGAGUAGCCUAUUUUCUUCACUUCCUUAAAUGGGUCGAAACGCCACCUCCGAUGGGAGGUGGUGGUGGCCUGGGUUGGUGCGCUGAACAUAUCAAGGCAAUUGUGAACAUCGGCCCGUCAUUUCUUGGUGUUCCAAAGGCUGUUAGCAAUAUACUCUCUGCCGAGGGCAAAGACGUUGCUUAUUUCAGAGCAAUGGUACCGGGAGUUUUGGAUUCGGGUACUUUAGGGCUUCGAGCAUUAGAGCAUGUCAUGCGAGUGUCUCGAACAUGGGAUUCCGUUGUGUCAUUGAUGCCUAAAGGAGGAGAGACCAUUUGGGGCAACAUGGACUGGUCACCGGAGGAGGAGCAUGUUUGCGACUUUUCUAAGAAAAGAUACUUUCGGUUAUCUCCGAGUGACAAUAAUGUCAAUAAAAGCAACGCGAAACAAGUUUUCCGAGUGAAAGAUCCGGUUAAGUACGGUAGAAUUAUCUCUUUUGGCAAGGCAGCUUCAGUGUUACAUUCUUCACAGCUUCCUACUGCUGUUUUAAAGGAAAUUUUGCACAUGAGUGCGUCCCGGAACUUCAACUCAUCAUGCGGGGAAGCAUGGACCGAGUAUGACGAGAUGAGCCGGGAAAGCAUACAAAAAAUCGGGGCAGCAGAUAAAGCUUACACAGCAACAACUCUUUUUGAUCUGUUACGUUUCGUGGCACCAAAAAUGAUGAAUCGGACUGAAGCUCAUUUUUCGCACGGAAUUGCAGACAAUCUCGAUGAUCCUAAAUACAACCAUUACAAAUUCUGGUCUAAUCCACUUGAAAUGAAAUUACCCGAUGCUCCGAACAUGGAGAUAUAUUGCUCGUAUGGUGUUGGAAUUCCUACCGAAAGAUCAUAUGUGUACAAGCUAUCACCAAGCAAUAAGUGCAAACGUAUUCCUUACCAAAUCGAUACCUCAGUCGAUGGAGAAGACCGUAGUUGCUUGAAAAGUGGAGUAUAUUUUGCGGACGGAGACGAAAGUGUACCGGUUUUAAGCGCCGGAUUCAUGUGUGCUAAAGGUUGGAAAGGAAGAACUCGGUUUAAUCCGUCCGGUAUCAAUACAUACGUACGUGAGUACCAGAGCAAGCCGCUGACUAGUGGUAUUAAGAGCAUGGCACACGUUGACAUAAUGGGAAACAUUGCUCUCAUCGAAGACAUACUACGUGUUGCGGCGGGAGCCACAGGAGAAGAGAUCGGAGGCAAUAAGAUUUACUCGGAUAUAUUGAGAAUGUCCGAGAGGAUAAAUCUCCGACUGUGAGUAUAUUUCGCGAGCUCAAUUACGUUUAGCGUCAUCAAAUUAGACGUUGCCGUAAUGUUGAAAGAAUACCGAGGACUUGCGAAAACCGAAUAUAGAUGGUGGCCAAGAUCAGUUGAAAUUGCAACGGGGAAGGUUUUGGCAGAUGAAAGGUGCGUACAAAAUGGUAGUCCAAUAACUUGUAGCUUAUGUAGUAAAAAAAUAACGGGAUACUGUAGGUAGGGACGAUAACAGUUUGGUUGGAUCCGGAGUUUGGAAAAAAAUUACAAAUAUUUUAUUAUAUUUAUUUUUAAAACUAAAAUAAA